GUGUGUGUGUGUGUGUGUGUGAGGCACAAGCUCUCAAGUGCAACGCUCCCCGUGAAGAAAAAAGACGAAGAACAAAUGGCUCCAACGUCCAGAAACAUUUUGUUUCUCGUGGCCCUGCUUCAUGUGACGGGUAUCGACGCCACAGUGGACGGUUCUCGUGUUUUCGUCAAAGCUGGAGAUACUGUCACGUUGUCCUGUGGCGAUGUGAAAAGUACUGUGAACAGAUGUGGUGGCACGACAUGGCUCUUCUCAAGAGGAAACACUAGCACACAAGCACUGUUUGAAAAAAACCAGUACCACAAAGACGCCUCAUCUAAAUGCAACAGACUCAACGUGUUAAGCAACUGUUCUCUGGUCAUAAAGACGGUCGCAGUCGGGGAUGAUGGUUUUUAUUUCUGCAGAUGGUUCAACACAUCAGGAACACAAGAAGGUGGAGUUUGGACAGAAUUGUCUGUUGUCAGCAACUGGUGGUGGUUGUACAUCCUUGUGGCUGUAGUUGUGGUUGCAGCGGUGGCACUUUGUUGUAUUGUAGUAUUUGUUGUGAUGAAGUGGAAGAGAACUAAAGGGAACAAAACGCAGACAAAUGUUGAUGAUUCCGAUCCUGAGGACGGUGUGGCCUACGCCUCGAUCAGCUUCACCCAGAAGAACAGUGCUAACGCCCAGGCUCUGAGAAAACACAAAGAUGAUGAUGCGACCUACUCUGUCGUGCAGCUGUCAACUAGCUAAACAAAAAUCCACUAAGGAAUUGGUUCAUUGGUUUUAAUUUGUUGAUGAUUUUCAGUCAGAAUUGUGUUUCUUGGGUUCACAUCUCUUCCUCUUCACUGUGUUACUUUGUUUUUUAUUAUUUGAUAUGCAAUAAAAAAAGGUUAUGGUUGGUUGGGGUUAAUUGGACACUGCCCUGCAGUCCAGGGUGUAGCCCACCUUUUGCCAAAUACGCCAGCUGGGAUUGGCACCAGCUGCGACGGUCGUGUCGAGGAUAAAGCUGUAGACAAUGGAUGGAUAGAUGGAGUAUCCAGAAACUGUGUUUUCCCCGACCCACCUGGACCCCUGAACAUCCAUGUGCUCCCUCGGAAGAAUCCUUUACUGACCACUUUGCUAUUAAAAAAAUAAUAAAAUAAA